UUCAGCCCUCCGCCAACGAGUCGCCGGGACAAACACUCUCUUCCUGACAGGGGCUGCGAAUAUUCCUGCUGAGAACAAAUAAAACAACACGGGAAUAUUACCAUCCACAUCCGUGUGUGUAAUGUAUACUUUGAUAGAAGGAGUGCCGCGGAGCAUUAAGUGGCGGCGGGUUACUUAAGGGGUUAGUUUACAUGCAGCCUUGACGGCGGAGGCUGACAUUGGUGCGGAGGGGCUGUGAGGCGUUCAAGAUGGCGGCGCCCUGUGGAGUGGAGCUACUCUAACAGAGGUGCCUGGAGACUGAAUUGGUUGGUGUCUCCAAGGGAGUCCUCCAGGCAGGAAGGACACCGUGUGAGAGAGAGAGACACUGCCUCCACCCCCAGCACUGCCACCAUGGCUCGGGAGCAGCCCAGCAUGGGGGAUCUGCUCCCUCUCCUGGAGACAGCAGACCUCCACCAGCUUGAAGAGAUCAGGGGCCUUAUUAAUGAACAGCUCAGCACUGAACGGGGGUCUGUGCUGCUCAACGGGCUGGUGGAUUACUUUCUGGAAACAAACUCUCCCGAGGCCAUGCAUAUCCUCUGCUCGGUCAGGGAGCCACAUGACAAGCACCUUCUGGACAAAAUGAACGAGUGUAUGACCAAGCAGUCCUGCCGGCUGCCCACCCUCACAAUGUUAGGGCACGUCAUCCGCAAGCAGCCUUCCUGGAUCCACAAGAUUGCUCGAUAUCCUCUUCUACUCUCUCUGCUCAAAUGCCUGAAGAUGGAUACAGACGUUGUGGUGCUGAUUACCGGGGUGUUGGUGCUGAUCACACUACUUCCCAUGAUUCCUCAAGCAGGGAAACAACACCUGUGGGAGUAUUUUGACAUUUUUGGUCGCCUGGCAUCUUGGAACCUAAAGAAUCCCGGGCACAUUUCAGAGGUUUACUUGAUCCACCUUCACGCUAGCGUCUACUCCCUCUUCCACCGUCUGUAUGGCAUGUAUCCUUGCAACUUCGUUUCCUACCUGCGCUCUCACUACAGCAUGAAGGAAAAUGUGGAAACCUUUGAGGAGGUGGUCAAGCCAAUGCUCGAACACGUCCGUAUCCACCCUGAAUUGGUGACAGGAACCAAGGAUUACGAGCUUGACCCAACCAGGUGGAAGAAGUAUGAAAUCCACGAUAUUGUCAUCGAAUGUGCCAAAGUAUCUCUCGACCCAAAGGAGGCCUCUUGUGAAGAAGGAUAUGCCACCAUGCCUGAGAACUUUUACCCUCACAUCCAUCUGCGACCACAGGAUUGCACUUCCAGCCCAUACACAGACCUCCACAGCAGCUUUGGAAGCUCCUCAUCGACCCCGUUCUCCACUCCACGGCAACCCCUGUCUUUGCCCCCCUUCUCAGGGACACAGCCGACCAGUCGUAGCCCCCCGACCUCCAAACGUCAGAACUCCACCGGUGAGCUUAACUCCUCCUAUGGGGGUAAGGACCCACUGUGGAGCCCCUCGUCCUUGUGUGGAAUGGCUUCGCCCCCUUCAUCCAGAGGCAUGUCACCCAACUUCGAGCUCUCUCACAGUGCAACUCACCUUCCCAGCCGCUUUCAUAGUACUUCAGGAGGGAAAGGAACACCUGCGUCGAGUACGCCAGCCACCUCAUCACCACCUCCCACACUACCAGAUGACUUUCCUAUCAUCUCCUUACCGGCAAAUACCGUCCAAUCCAGUCCACCCAGAAAAGAACGAAGGCACGUCGACAGCAGUAAGCCUGCACUGGUGAGACAGGAACCUGUGAAAGACUCUGAAAAACCUGGAGCCACAAACCGAGGUGAUGACGAGAAUAUGUCCAUGACAUUGACGGAGCUGUCGUUUUUCAUGAAGAAACAGGAGUUGGAACUUCAGCUGAGAACAGAAAAAGAAAAAGAAGAGGCGGCCAUCACAGAAGAGCUGCUGAAGAUCACGGAGGACAAGCAGGAGCUGUCAGGCCUGAGGGGUUUUGACUCCCCUUUCUACCGCACCACUGAGACCCUGACGGGCUGCCAGGCACAAGACAAGAACCUCACCAACAGCCAACCUGGAGACACACGCCAUGCUGUGUCUUCGCCAGACAAAGUGGAGAACAUUGCCAGUAGCGGUGUUCUUGAACAAGGAGGUGGAGCGGGAGAGAGCCUGAGUUCAGCCGUUGGCCUGGAACAAUCCUGGCCCUUCUUGUCAGGUUUCACACCCAUUGAUCACCCUUCUGCCCCGGAGGACGAAGUGGGCAAGUUUGGGAUGUUCUCGCCAAGUCCGUGCAGCAAGACAUCUGCCCCGGUGCCGUAUGAGGUGUUCUUUGACCUCGCUUUGCCCAGAGCCGCCUCGCUUUACGUGGGCCAGAAGACAUCAGAGGCGGUCAAAAAGGUGGCACUGGAGCGGCUUUCAAGACAGGAAGAGGGGCUGGAGGAUUUGAACGAGGAGGGGGUUGCUAUUACUUCACCACUGGAGGUGCUGGAUCGCCUUGUUCAGCAGGGAAGCGAUACCCAUGAUAAAGUCCUUAAGAGAUUACCUUUGCCAAGUAAAUCAGCUGACUGGACGCACUUUGGAGGUUCGGCUCCGAAUGACGAGCUCCAAACAUUACGCAGCCAGCUGCUCCUGUUGCACAACCAGUUGCUGUACGAGCGCUACAAAAGGGAGCAGCACGCCGUCCGCAACCGACGCCUCCUGCGACGCAUCAUCAACGCCACGGCACUCGAAGAGCAGAACAAUGCAAUGAAGGACCAGCUGAACCUGCAGAGUGUGGACAUUACGUCUCUGAGGGAGAGUCUCCAGGUGGAACAGCAGCGGUACAGGCAGCUGUGGGACGACCGGGAGACGGUGGUGACCCGCCUACACACUCAAAUCCGACAGUUACAGCAGGGGCGAGACGACUACUACACCAAAAACCAAGAGCUCCAGAGCAAGUUACACGAGUGUCAGAAAAGGAUGGAUGAUUUGGAGGCGGAGCUUCAAGGGGCAAAUAACCGAGUCUGUCACACAGGACACCUGCUCAAACAGAUGACCAUCAAGCUGAGCAACAGUGAAUGCACCCAGCAGCAGAUGAGCUUCCUCAACAAGCAGCUACUGCUCCUCGGGGAGGCACAUAAGCUGUCCAUGCAGGAGCUGCAGCACGUAGGCGUAGAUAACACCAAGAAGCCCACCACCCAAGAGACCCAAAUGCUGCAAGCCUCUUACAGGAAAGAAAUGGAGUCUCUGAGACAGAGCCUGCUGGUUCAGGGCCAGAAACUUGAGGCGGCACAUCAGAGGGCCGCUGAACUGGAGACACUCCUCUCCAAGAAGGAGCACCUGAUCGCGGAACAGAAGAAGUUUCUCGAGGAUGUAAAAUGCCAAGCAAAGGUAGAACUUCAGGCCUCGGACAGCAGGUAUCAGGCUCAGAGGAGAAUAACUCAACUCCUCCAGACUGAGCUCCUGCAGCUCUACAGCAAAGUAGAGACGGAGGCUCCAGCUAACAAGGCUUCUGGCUUACCACCAGGGGGCAGAGCUGAGCCCCACACAGCUACUGACUCCAGGUUCCUGGUGCCUGACGGACCAAGUAAAAGUUGCACCCAGGAGGAGUUGGACGGUAGACCACCACAAGACUCUUCCUGCGGCAACGGCAGCACUUUAUUAGCAGGGCAACCAAAGGCCAGCAAAUCUUCCAAGAGUUCCGUCAACGGCGGCCAAGAGCCCGACUCCUCCCCCCCGCCCAACGCCCACCUCGCACCUCUGCCCGCCUCCAACGCGCCACUCACCGUGGGCUCCUACCCCAGCGCCAAAAGCUUCCUGGGCAUGAGGGCGCGCGAGCUUUUCCGCAACAAAAGCGAGAGCCAGUGCGACGAGGAGCAGCCGCAGGUGUCGCCGCCCUCAAUCGCCGGCCCGAAGACCGAGCCGUGCGCGGAGUCGCCCUGCCCCGUUUACAUCAGCCCGGCGCCGUCUCAAGCCCCUACUCCUGUCACCUUUAAGGAUCCUUCUGAGCCCAGGCAGCGGGCCCCCAGUCAGGAAAGCCCCCGAAGGAAGACCGGAGGAGGAGGAGCCUCGGCGGGGGCGGGGCGGCCCAGACAGCAGCAGCUAAAGAUCAUGGACUACAACGAAAGUCAUCACGAGCCCAGUUAGAGACACGACCGAGCCCAGGAGACUGAAGAUUGAGAAGACGUGUCAACAACUCUUUGAAAGUCAGUGUUAGUUGUUCCAUUUCUUGGAGUGGACAACAGGAUUUCACUUCUUUCUUUGUUUUUUUUUUCCUCCAGACAAUUAAGUCUGACCAGCGGUUAGGUCCAAUCUUGUUCCGUUCAUACCAAGCACUGCUUUUGUUUUUUUUUUAUUUUUUGUUUUUUUGCACCUGCACAAUAACGGUGAGGGUUUAUGAUGUCAAAUGUGAAGUAAGCACCGUACAGGUCUGGACGCACCUUCUCAUUUAAAAUGCCUUUUCUUUAUUUCCAUGACUAUUUCCAUUGUAGAUUGUCACAUCAAAACUAGGAAUGUGGAGUUAAAACAGGUGAAAUAACUGAAAACAAGGUUUGUAUUCUAGUUUCUUCAAAAUAGCCACACUCUUGGCAUUCUUUUGAUGAGCUUCCAGCGCACCUGUGAGGUGAAAACCAUGUCAGGUGAAGCUCAUGGAGAGAAUGCCAAGAGUCUGCGUAAACGUGUGUAUUUCUUCUCAAGUUUGGUAGUUUUUUUUUUUAAAACACUAUAGUCCAGAAAAUACUGUAACAAAAUGUGUUAUUAGUUCAAAUUCGCACUUCGUUACAUACAACCUGUAGGUCACGACAUUCUUUGUUUAGCGUUUGGGUUGACUUCCUGUUUUGCGCUCUUAUUUUUGUUCUACUUCCUGUUCUGUUUGCAUUCUUUGUUUAGCGUUUGGGUUAAAUUCCUGUUUUGCGCUCUUAUUUUUGUUUUACUUCCUGUUUUACCAUUCUGUUGCAGUAGCUUCCCACCUCAAAACUUUGGAGGAUCAGUAGCACAAGGCGGACGGCCGAAAAAGACGCCUGGGACCAAUAAACCCGGUUAAAUACCGGAUCGGCGGUGUAACGACGUCAGGGUUUAUUGGUCCCAGGCGUUUUUUUCGGCCUCCCGCCUUGUGCUCCUGAUCCUCCAAAGUUUUGAGGUGGAAGCCCUCAGAAAUGGGGUAAAGCUAUUGCGACAGAAUGCAAGCUAAACCGGAAGUAGAACAAAAAUAAGAGUGCAAAACAGGAAGUGAACCCAAACACGAAACAAAGAAUGUCCUGACCUACAGGUUGUAACCAAGUGCGAAUUUGAACUAAUAGCACAUUUUGUUACAGUAUUUUCCGGACUAUAGAGUGUUUAAGCCGCACCUACCAAACUUUAGAAGAAAUACGCAUGUUUACGCAAACUCUUGGCAUUCUCUCCAUGAGCUUCAAGAGAUAGUCACCUGACAUUUUCACUUCACAGGUGUGCGUGAAACUCAUGGAGAGAACGCCAAGAGUGUGCGUAAACAUGUGUAUUUCUUCUCAAGUUUGGUAGUUUUUUUUUUUAAACACUGUUGCACUCUAUAGUCCAAAAAAUACUGUAACAAAAUGUGUUAGUUCAAAUUCGCACUUUUUUACAUAAAACCUGUAGGUCAGGACAAUCUUGGUUUCGCGUUUGGGUUAAAUUCCUGUUUUGCGCUCUUAUUUUUGUUCUACUUUCUGUUCUGUUUGCAUUCUGUUGCAAUAGCUUCCCACCUCCAAAACUUUGGAGGAUCAGUAGCACAAGGCGGAGGGCCGAAAAAGACGCCUGGGACCAAUAAACCCGGUUAAAUACCGGGACGUGCACGGGUUGGCGGUGUAACAACGUCAGGGUUUAUUGGUCCCAGGCGUCUUUUUCGGCCUCCCGACUUUUGCUACUGAUCCUCCAAAGUUUUGAGGUGGGAAGCGCUCAGAAAUGGAGUAAAACUACUGCGACAGAAUGUAAACUAAACAGGAAGUAGAACAAAAAUAAGAGCGCAAAACAGGAAGUGAACCCAAACGCGAAACAAAGAAUGUCCUGACCUACAGGUUUUAUGUAACAAAGUGUGAAUUUGAACUAAUAGCACAUUUUGUUACAGUAUUCUCCGGACUAUAGAGUGUAGUCGUCUGACAUUUUCAUUUCACAUGUGUGAAGCUCAUGGAGAGAAUGCCAAGAGUGUGCGUAAACGUGUGUAUUUCUUCUCAAGUUUGGUAGGUGUGGCUUUAUUGGUCCCAGGCGUCUUUUUCGGUCCUCCGCCUUGUGCUACUGACCCUCCAAAGAGUUGAGCAGGUCUUCUUUUUGAGGUGGGAAGCGCUCAGAAAUGGAUUUUAAAGCUACUGCGACAGAAUGCAAACUAAACAGGAAGUAGAACAAAAAUAAGAGCGCAAAACCGGAAGUGAAUCCAAACGCGACCUACAGGUUGUAACAAAGUGCAAAUUUAACCUAAUAGCACAUUUUUGUUACAGUGUUUUCCGGACUAUAGAGUGUUUAAGCCGCACCUACCAAACUUUAGAAGAAAUACGCAUGUUUACGCACACUCUUCCAUGAGCGUCGUGCACACCUGUGAAGUGAAAAUGUCAGGUGACUACCUCUUGAAGCUCAUGGAGAGAAUGCCAGGAGUGUGCAAAGCAGUAAUCAGAGCCAAGGGUGGCUAUUUUUAAAGAAAUAUUUUCAGUUAUUUCACCUUUUGUUAAGUACAUAACUCCUCAUGUGUUCCUUCAUCGUUUUUAUGUGACAAUCUACAGUGUAAAUAGUCCUGAAAACUAAAGAAAAGGCCUUGAAACGAGAAGCUUCUGGCCUGUAGCGUGUAUCAAAGAAAGCAGUCCAAAUACCGCAACGUUAAGUCUUGAACUUUCAUUUUCCAACACUUAUUCCUCAUAAGCUAAGCUGAGCAAGUACUGUCUUCUCCAUCCUGGUGUGCAUGGCCAAAAAAAAGCUUUUCCUGACAGCAAAUUUAGGACAAAAUACGGACAAGAAGGUAAAAUCUUUGAGGAUCCAAGCAAACAUUUCCAACAAUUCCAGUGAGAUUUUGUCCAAAAAUCCGGCUGUAUGUUUAUAUGUAGAUGAGCAUUUCCAGAUGGAUACAAAAUGGGAAGUGAAUGAAACAAGACUAUUUAUGCAUUUUUAUAGAUGCCACAUCCUGACCUGUAUUUAUUUGGUUUUUUUUGUAUUUGUCCAGUGCGAUCUGGACUGAAAUCAUGACGUGACCAAGCUCUCUUAUAUCAUUGCUUUGUGGUAUUUUUCAACACGACCAUUCAAGUAUUUCUUCACCCCCCCCGUCUCUCUAAAUCCUGUUGUCCACCAGGACCUCCUGCUGUCAUUUCCUUCUGCCGCCACUAUCUAUAGCAUGUUCAACAAUCCACUUUAAAUGCCAACCGUAGUCAUUCAAGCGAGCUAAGAUGGAAGGUACAAUCUGCACAACGUGAAGAAAAGCAGGACUCUGGACUGGACGACCAAGGACGUUUUUUUUUUUUUUAAAGCCGUGGCUUGUGUUUAACUGUGAACAAUAAAGAUCGUCUUCAAUGUUUUGCACUACAA